CAGAGGGCUGCGGCCGCGUCGCCGCUGAGGAUGUCCCGGAAGGGGCCGCGAGCGGAGGUGUGUGCGGACUGCAGCGCCCCGGACCCUGGCUGGGCAUCUAUCAGCAGGGGUGUGCUGGUGUGUGACGAGUGCUGCAGCGUGCACCGGAGCUUGGGACGUCACAUCUCCAUUGUCAAGCACCUUCGCCACAGCGCCUGGCCUCCCACACUGCUGCAGAUGGUGCACACACUCGCCAGCAACGGGGCCAACUCCAUCUGGGAGCACUCCCUGCUGGACCCUGCACAAGUGCAAAGUGGCCGGCGUAAAGCCAACCCCCAAGACAAAGUGCAUCCCAUCAAGUCCGAGUUCAUCAGGGCCAAGUACCAGAUGCUGGCGUUUGUGCACAAGCUUCCCUGCCGGGAUGAUGAUGGGGUCACUGCCAAGGACCUCAGCAAGCAAUUGCACUCAAGUGUGCGGACAGGCAACUUGGAGACAUGUCUACGCCUGCUGUCCCUGGGUGCCCAGGCCAACUUCUUCCACCCAGAGAAGGGCACCACCCCUCUGCAUGUGGCUGCCAAGGCAGGACAGACACUGCAGGCUGAAUUGCUGGUGGUAUAUGGGGCUGACCCCGGCUCUCCUGAUGUCAAUGGCCGCACACCCAUCGACUAUGCCAGGCAGGCGGGGCACCAUGAACUGGCAGAAAGGCUAGUCGAGUGCCAGUACGAGCUCACAGACCGAUUGGCCUUCUACCUCUGUGGACGCAAGCCGGAUCACAAGAAUGGGCAUUACAUCAUCCCACAGAUGGCUGACAGAUCUCGGCACAAGUGCAUGUCUCAGAGCCUGGAUCUGUCUGAGUUGGCCAAAGCUGCCAAGAAGAAGCUGCAAGCGCUCAGCAACCGACUUUUUGAGGAACUUGCCAUGGAUGUGUACGAUGAGGUGGAUCGGAGAGAAAAUGACGCUGUGUGGCUGGCUACCCAAAACCACAGCACCCUGGUGACAGAGCGCAGCGCUGUACCCUUCCUGCCAGUUAACCCCGAAUACUCAGCCACACGGAAUCAGGGACGACAGAAGUUGGCCCGUUUUAAUGCCCGAGAGUUUGCCACGUUGAUCAUCGACAUUCUCAGUGAGGCCAAGCGGAGGCAGCAGGGCAAGAGUCUGAGCAGCCCCACAGACAACCUCGAGCUGUCUGCACGGAGCCAAAGUGACCUUGAUGAUCAGCACGACUACGACAGUGUGGCGUCUGACGAAGACACAGACCAGGAACCCUUGAUCAGUGCCGGCACCACUCGGAACAACCGUGCCAGGAGCAUGGACUCCUCAGAUUUGUCUGAUGGGGCCGUAGCGCUUCAGGAGUACUUGGAGCUGAAGAAGGCCCUGGCUACCUCUGAGGCCAAAGUGCAGCAGCUCAUGAAGGUCAACAGUAGCUUAAGUGAUGAGCUCCGGAGGCUGCAGAGGGAGAUCCACAAACUGCAGGCAGAGAACCUGCAGCUCCGGCAGCCACCAGGACCAGUACCCACACCCCCGCUCCCCAGUGAACGGGCAGAACACACAGCCAUGGGGCCCGGUGGAAGUACACACCGAAGGGACCGCCAGGCCUUCUCCAUGUAUGAGCCAGGCUCUGUCCUGAAGCCCUUCGCAGGCGCACCCGGGGAUGAGCUCAGCACUCGGCUCCAGCCUUUCCACAGCACUGAGCUGGAGGACGAUGCCAUCUAUUCAGUGCAUGUCCCAGCUGGCCUUUACCGGAUCCGGAAGGGGGUGUCUGCCUCUUCUGUGCCCUUCACUCCCUCCUCACCACUGCUGUCUUGUUCCCAGGAAGGAAGCCGCCACACGAGCAAGCUUUCCCGCCAUGGCAGUGGCACAGACAGUGAUUAUGAGAACACGCAGAGUGGAGACCCACUGCUUGGGCUGGAAGGAAAGCGAUUCCUAGAACUAGGCAAGGAGGAUGAGCUCCACCCUGAGCUAGAAAGCCUGGAUGGAGACCUGGACCCCGGGCUGCCCAGCACUGAGGACGUCAUCCUGAAGACAGAGCAGGUCACCAAGAAUAUUCAGGAGCUGUUGCGGGCAGCCCAGGAAUUCAAACAUGACAGCUUUGUGCCCUGUUCCGAGAAAAUCCAUUUGGCUGUGACUGAGAUGGCCUCUCUCUUCCCAAAGAGGCCAGCCCUGGAGCCCGUGCGCAGCUCACUGCGGCUGCUCAACGCCAGCGCCUACCGGCUGCAGAGUGAGUGCCGGAAGACAGUGCCCCCAGAACCUGGUGCCCCUGUGGACUUCCAGCUGCUGACUCAGCAGGUGAUCCAGUGCGCCUAUGACAUUGCCAAGGCGGCUAAACAGCUGGUCACCAUCACCACCCGAGAGAAGAAGCAGUGACCACUCCCCACCCACACCCACACCCUGGGACCUCAUUGACCAUGGGAGCUGGGCCACUCCAAACACUAAUCCACCCCAACAGAGCCACUGGCACAAGUGCCCUUAGUGCUGCCAUUCUCCCCUGGCAGCCAGGCACCCUGGUGCCCACUCCUUUGAGCCCCAAGGAUGGGGAGGUGGGGUGGCAGGAGCUUCUGUCCCUCACAUUCCAUGCCCCUUCCCCUGUACAUAGCAUUCUCUCCCUUCUGGCCUGCAGAGGCCUCGAGUCAUCCCUCCCAGCCCCUUGCCCUGCCAUCCAGGGCACCCUCAGCAAAGAGUGGGAUGGGGACACUCCAAGUGGGGCAUCUCUGCCUACCUGCACCCCAUCCCCAUGAGCCAGUUUAGCCCUAAGGGGGCUGAGCAGGGGCAUCACCCUCCUUUGUACAUUAUCUCUGUGGAUGUUCCUGCCCUGUAGCCACCAGCCCCUUGCUGCUCUCCUUUCAUGCCAAACAGCCCUUGCCUAGGGCACAGCCCUCAACUUGUGUGCCAGGGUCCCCAGCAGCAAACACUGGAAAAUCUUUUACUCUCUCCUCCCCCACCCCUUAAUUUUAACUUUGUGGUAACUGAGUGUCCCUGCGUGCCUGCGAAUGAGUGUGCGGGCGGCAGUGCCGUUCCGAAGGCCUGGCCCACUUGGAGCGUUGAGGGGUAAGGGGACCAGAGUGGUGGGACCAGCAUUGGCAAGUCCAGCAUCUCUCCCCUUAGGGGAGAGGGACUGCCAGGGUCACCAGCUGUGGACCUGCCACUACCCCCACUCCUACCCCUAUACUAUAAACUUAAGAGGAAAACCACUUCCCUUCAUCUCCUCCCUCCCUUGUGGGAAGUGUGCUGGCUAGGCAGAAGACCAAGCACCUGAGCCUGGGGCUGGCUCCCCAGGGUCCCCAACUCAGCUGGCGACCAUGGAGCUGAGAGCCCCUUCCCCUAACCUCUGCGAGGCCAGCACCAUCACUACCUGCACCCGUGGUGAUCACCCUCUGGAGGCCUGGGGAUCUGGCUGCCAUUGGGAAGGCUGGUGAGGCAGUAGCAGUAACACCCACCAGCUAUCUCCCCAGCCACCUGGCCCCCAGGGGGCCAGGUUCUACCUGUGUGAUGGUGGGUGGCUGUCAAGACAUGUCAUGUACAUUUGUAUCAAAAAUAAAUAAGUGACCAUG